GGCCGCUCAAACGAAAACGGUCUUCGUGGGUUUCGAGCGCGGGGUAAGCGCCAAGGAGACACUCGCCGUCGUUGCGUUCAUUCAUGCUGGCUGGGAACAAGCGAGACAGCGUCGAUGGCACCAAGCUGCGCCUCCAAGCCACCGCGCACAGCGAAGGCCCCAAAAAAUCCGAGAUGGAACACUCGCAGGCGUCGUACCGAGACCGCGCGUCACGGGGCUCGUUUAGCAAAGCGACACACGAUGCGCUCGCGCGGCUCUCGACCACAAAGAUCGAUACGACGACGCUCCGCGACCGCACUCGCCGCGCCACGAUGGAAGCCAAAGAUUGGAUCUUUGCGCGGUCCAGCGCCAUUGUGCGUCCAAACCGUCUCGGACAGCCUGCCUCGACGACGCAACUCCCGCGCAAGCGCGUCUCGAUCGUCGCUCUUGUCGGGUCCACCUUUGGUGUCGACGCGCUCGGUGAUUUUAAGCUCAAGCUCAACCGUGGCACGCAAUCGUGGGUGCUCGCGCGCGCCAAAAGCCGCACGAUCGAUCCAAACGGCCAUGGCAUUUCGAUCUGGCGCAUUUUUCUGUUGGUCUUCAUCCUCUAUGACGUCCUCGUCGUGCCGCUCAUGCUCUGUGACGCAAUGAUCAACGACAGUGUGUGUGCGACGGCUUUUGGCGUCUACGCCGGCGAAAUCUUCUUUUUUGCCGACGUUGUUGUCAACCUGCACGUCGGGUUUUACAAAGAUGGCGACUUGAUCCGGCUACCAGCGCUCACGCGACGCCGGUACCUUCGCUCGCGCCGGUUUGCAAUCGACGUAUUGGCCAUGCUACCGCUCUUCGCCAUACCCGUGACGCCGUCCUUCUGCGGCCUCGUGCACUGCAACAAGCUCGUGCGCGCCGUGUACAUUACACCGUACACGGUCGAGUUUGACAAGGUGUUUGCACGGCGCUUCAUUUUUUGCAAGAUUGUCAAGGUUAUCGUCGUCACCUACAUGUGUGGCCACUACGUCGCGUGCGUCUACCUCAUGUUUGGCUUCUCGGACGGCUCCGAGGCCGGCGCAUGGCGACUCCAUCACCCUCUGGCCCAUGCGUCUUUUGCGGCGCAGUAUUUUGACGCGCUUUUUUGGUCGAUUGGCAUCAUUUCAAAAAGCGUCGAAGGCCAAGUGCCUCGGACGGCGCUCGAGUCGCUUUUUAUGCUCUUUGUCAUGUUUGGCGGGUUCCUCCUCUUUGUCUACAUUUGCGGCACGCUCUUUAUGAUGUCCAAGUGCGACAUGGCGCGUCAAGAGAUUUUGGACGCCAAAGUCAACCAACUGCGCCAAGUGCUCUCGUACCACAAGGUGCCAAAAGAUAUUCAAGACCGCGCGGUCGAGUACAUUGAACACGAGUUCAAGAGCGGCGACACAAACGACAAGAGCAACAUGAAACUGCUCUGUCCGUCGAUCGCCAAGGACGUCAAGUUCACCAUGCUCAAAGACAUGGUGGCCAAUGUCCCGUUCUUUCGGCGCUGCAACAACAACUUUUUGCGUGCGCUCAUCGACCUCACCGAGACCGAAGCGAUGCCGGCGAACUUUCCAGUCGUCACCCAAGGCGACGUCGGCGACAACAUGUACUUUGUCCAAUCGGGUGUCCUUAUCAUUACGCUCAACCACAUCAAGAUCAAGGAGCUACGCAAGGGCAAUUCGUUUGGCGAGCUCUCACUCUUCACUAACCGGACGCGGUCCGCGAGCGUGACAACGACGACCUUUUGCAUUUUGCACAAGCUCGCGCGGUUGCAUGUGCACCAAGUGCUCACCGCAUACCCCGAGUUUGAAGACAGCAUUUUGGACUGCGUCACGCAGCUCAUCCAAGCCUUUGACGGCGAAAACAAUCAGAUCAUCGACCGCAAGCGCCGAGCGUCGCUACGCCAUACCCUCGAGAAGGCCGAAGAAGUCGCGGAGAAGGCUAUAUUGCCGACCGAAGCGGUCAAAGCCACCAUUAUCCAAGAGCCCCGAGCGGUCAGCAGCAUCAAGCGCUACCGAACGACUUUCUUUCAGUCCAAGGCGACGGUCGUUCCCGAUGCGGUACGAGAUCGUUCCAAGAGCUUGCCCGUGUCGCCACCCGAGCCACCAGUUGUCAGCAUCAAGGUCGAGGCGCCGCCACGCUGGGCUCGCAUUCUGCUGUCGACACCGAUCACUCGCCGCUCCAAAUACCGGCUCGUAUGGCUCUUGCUCAUCCAGGCGGCCAUGUGGUACAAUCUUGUGACGGUGACGCUGCUCAACACGUUUCGCUCGAUCGGAUAUCCAACCGCGGCCCUCGCUCUCAACACGAUCGCGGACAUUGUGUACAUUGUCGACAUUUACGCUCAGCUCAACCUCUCGUAUAUCGUCGAGGCCGAGCAGAUCAUGGACCCGACCAAGUGCGCGCGGCAUUAUUUGCAACGAGCGUUCUACCUCGACGUCUUUGGCGCGCUGCCGUGGUGGCUGCUUAUGCCGUCCCAGCAUCUCGUGUGGCGCAUGCUGCGACUGCUGCGGUGCCGCCACAUUGAGCACGAGUUUACCGAAGUCGCCGUGCUCAUUCGCAUUACGAGUCGGCGGCGCAUUGCGAUCUUAGGGUUUGGUCUCUUCAUCUCGUACCACCUUGCGGCUUGUAUUGCGCAGACGUACAUCUUGCUGGCGCCCCACGACCCAAGUCACGAGAGCGAGCUCCUCCAUCCGCCCGAGCUGCAGCUGCCCUGGAACAAUGACCACACGGCGUACAUCAAUGUCACGACGCUCGAGGAGAUUGCGAUCGACGACCCGGCCGUGCCCGAGAUCCUCGCGCGACAAUAUUUGCGCGUCCUCUACUAUGGCGCCGUCUGCGUCACGAACCUUGGGCUACCACUCGAGCCGGAAACCCUCGGCGAGUCGAUCCUGGGCUUCAUCUUGAUGCUGAUGGGCAUGCUCCUCAUCUCCGCGCUCAUUGACGAAGUGCAAAAACGUGUGACGGCGUCCGCGCUCGAGCAAAUGGAGUUUCUUUCGCAGCGGUCGCGGAUCGAGCAUUUCCUCAAGUCCCAGAACGUGCCGAAUGGGAUCCACCGCCGCGCGUCGGCCUACUUGGAUUUCUGGUGGAGUGUCCAUCGUGGUGCCGACGUCAACGAGCUCCUCGGGGAGUUGCCGAACAACCUGCAGCGCGACAUUUACUCGUUCAUUUGCCGCCCGUUCUUGGACGUUAUCGCGCGCCUCGACAAGAUCAAGGAGGCGUUCCCGCGCGUCUCGGCCAUUUUUCUAGACAGUGUACACAUCCAGCUGUUUGGUCAAGGCGAGCUCAUCUACCGCAAGCACGACCAAGCCGAGUGCCUCUAUAUGGUGCUCGACGGCCGCGUCACGGUGGCGUCGUCGGUGCGGUCGUCGACCGGGGCAAAUACGCGCUACCUCGGGCCAGGCGACCCGUUUGGUUUGUCGGCACUCGAGAUUGAUAACGACAACGCCGCGCACAUCGACUGUGCGUUUGCGCAGUCUUCGUGCGCUGUCGUCGCCGUCUCACGCGAGACGCUCUCUGCGAUGCGGCAAGUCUACCUCCCGUUUUGCGUCAAGUUUCUCGAGCGCGUCCAGAAAGGCCAGUCGAGCCGCGGCUGGAACCUGGCCCGAAAGCACUUGGCCGACGUCGUGCGCCCGGUCAAAGUGCAGCCCGUCGCGAUCGAUCCGGAAGGCACCUUUGCGGUCGCGUGGGAAAUCGCCAUGUUCACAGCCAUCGUCUUUGAGUGCAUCACGGUGCCCUUCUUCCUGGCGUUUGGCUACGAAAUGCGUGCGGCACUCGGGUUUGAAGGCAUGGACAUCGCGCUUGAAGUCGGUUUUUUCGCCGACUUGUUGCUCCAGUUUCGUAUCGGGUACUGGGAAUUUGGCAACAAGGUCAUGGACCUCCCGAGUAUCCGCGCGCAGUAUCUCUUCUCGAGUGCAUUUUGGGUCGAUGUCUUUGCGCUUCUUCCGCUGUAUUUGGUCAACUAUGGCAGCGCGCCCUACCUCGAGCUGUGGCACGUCAACAAGCUCCUUCGCGUGACGCGGAUUCCGGGCUUGCUCACACACCUUGAGCGCCACUUUUACCGCCAAGCGAUCACGAUGCGCAUUUUGCGUAUCGUGUUUUACACGUAUUUUCUGUCGCAUUUUGUCGGGUGCGCGUGGUACAGCUUUGGAAGUAACUCGGCGCUACCGACGGGCGAUUCCGGCUUUGGCGACAACAUUUGGCUGCCCAGCGCCAAGUACGACUUGUCCAAGAAUGACACGACAAUGUCGACGGCACUUGCGUACGCGCACUGCUACCACUGGGGCGUUGGCAUGCUCUUUGGCUUUCAGCCCGGCGAGCACCCGAUCACGCCGUUUGAGAAUGUGUUUACGAUUUUCGUCCAAACGCUCGGUGUGUUUUUGCUCUCGUAUAUUGUCGGGAAUUUGCUCGACAUUGCGGCCGUCAUGGACGGCAACAACCGCAUCUUUUACAGCAACCUCAACUAUGUUCGGAAGCUCAUCGCAUAUUUUGAGUUCUCCAACGAAGUCGAAGCGCGCGUCCAGCACUUUUACUUUUACCGCCUCUUUCACUCGAUCCACGAAGAACACGUCUUGGCGAAAUGCCUUCCGCCGACGCUCGUCGCCGACGUCCGGCUCUUCUUGCUGACGCCGAUGCUCAACAAGGUGCCGUUUUUCCAAGAAGAGCACGCGAGCUCGAGCAUUACGCGCGUGCUCGUGAGCCAAAUGAGCCAAAUUCUUGUCACGCGCGGCGAAGUCGUGUGCCGCCAAAACGAAAUUGGCAUGGAAAUGUUCUUUGUCUUUGCGGGCUGCCUCGAGAUUUACGUCGCCAAAGACAUUCAGGACGCGUUUGAGACGAACGCUAUGGGUAUUUACACGUUUGCCGCGAUUGCAAAAGGGACCAAAAUCACUGAAAUCCACGGCGGCAGCUUCUUUGGCGAAAAGUCGCUCUUCUCCAACCAGCCGCGGAAUGCGUCCAUCGAAGCCAAGACAUUUUGUACGCUCUUUCGACUCUCGCGGACGCACUUGGAGUCGGUCUUUGCGCAGUACCCCGAGUGGAAGGCCAAGGUCAUGCAGAUUGUCAAGCUACUCUACAAGGAGCAGGACAAGCAAGUGCGCGAUAAGACCGGGGGGCAGACCCAAGCCAGCACCCGCGAGACUGCAAAUUCACGCCGCUUAUCGCACGCAAUUAGUCACAAGGUUAUCCCGACGCUCGAAUCCAAGCGGUCCGAGAAGCUACGGCGGCCGUCGGCGUCCUUCAAGACUGUCCUUGACGUGGUUCGGGGCCGCGUCGAAUUGGGGCGUCCGCUGACGUGGCGCGAGCAGAUCACGUUGCUCCUGCACAUUCAGGUCCAGACGCCGAUUUACCGACGGUUUAUGAAGCUUCUCUGCGCCUCAAUCUUGUACAACGCCUUGUGCAUUCCGUUUCUUCUCACAUUUGGCUAUCACGGGAUUUCCCCCGAGGCAUUCGCGCUUGUCACGCUUCUCAACGUGGUCACGGACCUCGUGUUUGUCUAUGAUAUUUGGUUCAAGCGGCACAUUGUCGAGACUACGUCAACCCGCGAGUUUUACGAAGGCGAUAUUUUUCCAAAGGGCGGCCUCGUCCUCGAUAUACUCGCGGUGAUUCCGUUCGACUACCUGCUUGGCGCACUCUUUGGGUGGUCGGCCCUCCUCCGCUUCAACCGGCUCAUCAAAGGCCGUCAGUUCAACCUCGUGAUGCGCGAAAUCAACCGGUUCAGCAUGACGUACGAAAUCAACCGGCUCGCGCUCCUCGGGCUAUACUACUUUCUUUGCGUCUACUGGACAGCGUGUGCGUACUUUGGCUUGACGAUUGUCGACGGCUUUGCAGAGUCAUGGGAAGCCUUUUUGCCGAGCCAUGAAUUUGACACGCAUGGCGAUACCAACGUCGAGCACAUGAUCCUGCGGGUCCUUCGAAGCUUGUACCUCUCGGCAUCCAUGUACACGGGGGCCGGCCUCGUGCACGAGCCGUCGACGCUCUUGCAGUACGCGUUUCUCGAUGUUGUCUCGGUCUUUGGCGUCUUUGUGCUCUCGUAUAUCAUUGGCGAAGCUUCGUCACUUUCGAUUUACCUCAUUCAGAACGAAGUCGAGUUCAAGAUCAACCAAAUGAACGUGAUCGAGUUUGUCCGCCACAAGCGCAUGGACGCCGCGAUGGAAGCCCGCGUCCACUCGUAUUUAACGUACUGGUGGUCGUCGCAGAAAGGCGUCCAGUACCAGAACAUUCUCGAGCAGCUCCCGACGCGUAUUCGGUGCCAGGCCGUGAUCCAGAUCACGCGCCUCAGCCUCUCGCGCUUUGCGAUGAAGUACUUUCGUCCGCUCUGCCAAGACGUUGGCAACAUUGAGCUCGUCAUCUACAGCAUUGCGCAGCGGCUCGUCUUUGAGGGGUACCCCGUCGGCGAGUCGGUGAUCGUUCAAGGCAACAUUGGCAAGACCAUGUACUUUGUCUCGAAAGGCACGCUCAUUUCAGCGUCGACUGAACAAGGAUUUCUCCCGUCGCGAUUUGCCGACGGUCAGUAUUUUGGCGAAGAAGGCUUCCUCGGCGCGUCAGUGUGCCAGUACUCGGUCGUGACACUUCGGUCCUGCGAUCUUCUCUCGCUCUCGGCCACGGACUUUGUCGCAGCGCUCUACGAACACCCUCUGUUUGUCGAGUGUGCCACCGUUGCGCGAAGCAUUGCCCAUCGCCUUACUGCUGUCGCCAUCGCCACGACUCAGUCGACCGACUUCGAUGAGAUGGUGUGGAGUGCGCUGCAGUCACCCAGCACGCCAUUACUUUACCUCAAGUUUGACUCGAUGGAGACCGCGGUGCGCGGAUUCGACCACUUUGUCAAGCUCUUUUUGAGCCACAAUGCAGUCGAAGCCCUUGGCUCCAAGUGGCAAAAGCCCAUGAUGUGCAAGCGCUGCGAGAGUGACGUGGCCGUCUUCUACUGUGCCGAGUGCGUGCAAACCAUGUGCGCCGAGUGCUCGAUCAAGGUCCAUGGUACGCCAGAGUACGCGGCGCACCUCAAGACAAUCACGGACGUGAGUUUCUACAAGAAGCCCGCGCCCGUGAGCACGGCUCGUCGCAUGACGUUGAACUUUUAUGCGCCAAAGUAAUCACGUACUAAUGCAGAAUAUAUCCACGUGGUGUCUAG